AAAAAUUCUAGUAAUCAUUUGUCAUUCAACCUUCUAGUCCGAGUGAUUUAAAAGAUUCACAUUCUCAUAUUUAUGAUGUCGAUCGAACAGAGCGAGCGGGAGCGGGAGACCUGUCCUUCUGAACCAAACAAUUUGCACAGAAAAUCCUUUAAGCUACGCUUCGCCUCCCAACGUGAACUCGGUCGCUCCUACGUGUCAGCAAUAAAACCGCUCGGGCUCCCGGCGGCGGUGAGCUCUAAGGAGUGGGGGAGAGUUGCCGAGGAUGCGGCUGGAGCGAGGGAGGAGAACGAGAGCACCUUGAGGAGGGUGCAGGAGCUGUUCACACGAGGGCCACGGGACAAGUACCGGGCGCCGGUCACCUCCGCUCAAGAGUACGGCUGGUGGAGUGUACAGCGGACCGCCGACACGGGCCUGCUAGCUCCACCGCGCCAUCACAUCGCUGAUUCGGCCUGGCUCAAGGAGCGCCUGAGGGUGCUCGCUGCUGAUUAUGGUCUCAAACGACGAUAAAUUCACAAACACAGGGACACAUCUCAAAACAUUCUACAGAAAUGUGUUUUCACUGACUAAGGUCCGAAUCAGUUUUGUCAAAUUUGGAAAAAUGUUAAUAAACUAGUACUGACAA